UGCGCUCAUCAAUCACAACGACGCUCCGCACAUGUGGGCGCGGAUCUCCAGUCCAUGGAUUGUAUCCUUCAUUUUUGAAUGACUACACUUCUCUAAUCGCAGAGAUUACAACCGGAAAGGGCCGGAGAUACAAUAUACAAAAUAAAUGAAAAUGAGAAGAGAGUUCGGCGAAAAGUGCAACUCCAUUGAUGCGCGGUGACCAGCUGCUGGGCUUCACACACAGCAAUUUCCAAAAAGCCUUUACAACUGUUUACGAUGGAAGCUGACAUGUGCACUGCGUUUACCCAAAUAAAGGAAUAAUUCACCAAUUUCACGUCGAGCAACGUGGGAAUCGAUCGACGAGACUUGUUCGAGGAGUCCGCCUGCAGCCUCUGAAGUGGAUUCAGCGGCUCGCAUCGAUCAACGGAUUUCAUUGAUCACCUCCGAGGGAGAAGAUGCCGUUCCACCACGUGACGGCAGGCCUGCUCUACAAGGGGAACUACCUGAGCCGCUCGCUGUCGGACAGCGACAGCGACGUGCUGGCCAGCAUCACCGUGGAGGAGCUGGACGAGAUCCGUGAGGCGUUCAAGGUGCUGGAUCGUGACGGAAAUGGGUUCAUUUCCAAGCAGGAGCUGGGCAUGGCCAUGCGCUCGUUGGGCUACAUGCCGAGCGAGGUGGAGCUGGCCAUCAUCAUGCAGAGACUAGACAUGGAUGGUGAUGGACAGGUGGAUUUUGAGGAGUUCAUGACAAUCCUUGGACCAAAGCUCUUGUCGUCAGAAACAAGAGAAGGCUUCCUGGGCAGCACAAUAGAUACCAUCUUCUGGCAGUUCGACAUGCAGAGAAUCACACUGGAGGAGCUGAAACACAUUCUGUUCUACGCCUUCCGUGACCAUCUGACCAUGAAGGACAUCGAGAACAUCAUCAUCAACGAGGAAGAGAGCCUGAAGGAGAACUCUGGGAACUGUCAGACAGAGUUUGAGGGAGUUCACCCUUCCAAGAAGAACCGGCAGACGUGCGUGAGGAAAAGCCUCAUCUGCGCCUUUGCCAUGGCGUUCAUCAUCAGCGUCAUGCUCAUCGCGGCCAAUCAGAUGCUGAGGAACGGCAUGGAGUAGCAGCGUCCACUGUGAGCGUGGGUGCUGGGUGGGGGGGG